AUGGGAUUGAUUAACUAUGAAAAGCUUAUGGUUAUGUCAGGGGCAGAUCCUGACUCGACGAAGGUCAGGAUUGUGCUCUGCAGCAACACCGAGGAGGGUGUCAGCAUAGUAGCGGACGAGAAAAGCUCUGCACACGAGGAGUUCCUUAGCAGCCUGGGGGCGAAAGGGAACUUGGGGGAGAGCCAUGUGCUUCCGGAGGGGAAUGGCCGGAUAACUGUGUUUGUAGGCAUAGGGAAGGUAGACGAGAAUAUACUGAUUGCCAAGAACAAUGCAAGGAAGGCUGGUGCAUCUGGGUACAAGGCUGUGUCGCAAUUCAGGAAUAUAGAGGUGUCUCUAGGGUCUGAGUUUAUGGCAAGAGAGGUUGUGUCUGGGAUAAUACUGGCGUCCUACAAGUACCAGUUCCUGAACAAGGAAGGGGAGGAGCCCAAGAAGAUAGUAAUAAACUCUGACCUUGAGAUGGCCAGGAAGGCAACGAUUGUAGGGAAUGCACAGAACUUUGCCAGGUUCCUGGGAGACACGCCGGCGAAUCUUAUGAACCCAACGCUGUUUACGGAGUAUGCCACGAAGUACCUUGACGGCAAGAGGAAUGUGACUGUUGAUGUGUUUGACAGGGAGUUCAUGAAGAGUAAGUCGAUGAACCUUCUUCUGAGUGUUUCGCAGGGGUCGACGCAGGAGCCGAAGCUUUUUGUUGCUAAGUACAGAGGAAAGGGCGGAGAGGGCGUGGACCUUGCGCUUGUUGGAAAGGGUGUUUGCUUUGACUCUGGCGGAAUAUCAUUGAAGCCGUCUGGACGAAUGUGCCGCAUGAAGGGGGACAUGCUUGGGGGAGCCUCUGUUCUGAGUGCCUUCGGGGUUAUAGCUGACAUGGGUGUAAAAAUGAAUGUAGAUCUUGUUAUUCCACUGGUAGAGAACCUUCCAAGCGGCACUGCAACGAAGCCUGGAGAUGUCUAUGUAGGGAUGAACGGGAAAAGCGUGGAGAUCGACAACACCGACGCGGAGGGAAGGCUCAUUCUUGCCGAUGCACUUGUGUAUGCACAGGAGAGCAAGCCGACCUACAUAUUUGAUGUUGCAACGCUGACGGGGGCCAUGUCUGUUGCCCUUGGAGAUGCAUUCAUAGGGUACUUCACUGCGGACGACAAUCUUUCGGAAAUAAUCUACCGGAGCGGGAUUGAUUCCAACGAUCCCACAUGGAGAAUGCCCCUGUCCCAGUUGUAUUUGCCGGCAAUGAAGUCGGAUGUUGCAGACCUGAAGAACACAGGUGCAGGGAGAUACGGUGGGUCUUCAAGCGCAGCCAUUUUCCUGAACGAAUUUAUUAACAAGGAGUCCAAGUGGGUUCACUUUGACAUUGCAGGUGUGAUGGAAAGCAACAACAACAAGGGUGUGUAUGGAGAAGGAAUGACGGGAUGUUCUGUCCCGGUGCUGGUUGAAACGAUCGAGAGGUUAUCUGGGAUAACUAAUUAA